AUUAAUAUUUAAAAUAACUUGAUCUAAAAAACAAGAAAAAGAAAGGAAUAAGAGAGAGAAAAUUUAGACAGAGUGGCCGUUUUAACGGCCACCCCCCACUCUCAUUCUUCUCGUUGGCCGGCCUACGUGCUCCGAUCACUCUUCCUUUUUUUUUCCAACCCAAAAACAAAAAAAUAAAAAAUAAAAAAAUUAUUCUCAAUUUUUAAAACAUUUUUUAAAAUCUUCCCAGAAAUUUCCCAUAAAGAAUUCGUCAAUCAAACAACAAAUUCCAACACCCAUUACUCCAUUUUCGUUGUUCUUAUCAUUUAAUGAAAUACCCACAUCAUAAAUUUCUUUAAUUUCCUCCAAGUUUCCUCCUUUUUUUUAAUUUUUUGAUUCAUAUAUUAUAAAAUAUUUUGUGGGUUGAACUAAUCUUGAAAAAAAGACUUAAUCUUUCCCACAAAAAAAUGCAGAACAACAUUUUGUCAACGAUGCGUAGUUUGAAGCUAAUUGAUGGUUGCAAAAGCACACAAGUUUAUGCCAUUAAUCCUUCAACCGCAAAUUCCGGCGCAAAUAGUGGUGGUGGAACAGGUGAGAAGCUUCUUCAUCAACUUCAAGAUCAUCUCCGAGUUAACUCAGUAAGAUCCAAAACUCGGACAUCAUCAAAUAUAGAUGCAAAGAUAAUACAAGCAAAUUUAUUACAAGAAGCAGUUUUACCAUAUGGUUUACCAUCAACAGAUCUAGUUGAACCACAGGUAGAAGCAUGUUUAAAAUUUGUUGAUUUUGUUGAAACCCUAGCUGAUAUAUAUAGAAGAAUUGAGAAAUGUCCACAAUUUGAGAAAUCACAUGUUUAUGUUGAGCAAUGUGGGAUAUUUAAGGGUGUUGGUGAUCCAAAAUUGUUUAGGAGAAGUUUGAGAUCAGCUAGACAACAUGCUGUGGAUGUGCAUACAAAGAUUGUUUUGGCAGCUUGGUUGAGGUUUGAGAGGAGGGAGGAUGAGUUGAAUGGGUCAUCUCCAUUGGAUUGUUGUGGGAGGAAGAGUGAAUGUCCUAAAGCUAGUUUGGUAUCUGGGUAUGACCCGGAAUCUGUUUUCGACGAUUGUGGUUGUUGUAGGAGGAAUAAAGGUGGUGAGGGUGAGGGUGAGGGUGAGGAUGAGGAAGGGGGGGAUUUGGAAUGUGUUGGUAGGAUGGAGGAGGAAGAAUGUUCGACAUCUGAGGAAGAUUUUGAUAUGUGUUUUGUUAUAGGAGAGGAGGAGGUAAGGUGUAUUCGGGAAAAGAUCGGUUUGCUUUCGAGGCCAUUUAAGACAUUGUUGUAUGGGAGCUUUGUAGAAUCGAGGAGAGAGAAGAUUAAUUUCACCCAGAAUGGGAUAUCUGUGCAGGUUAUGAGAGCCUUAGAGUUAUAUAGUAGGAGGAGGAAAGUGGAUAUGUUGGAUCCACAACUUGUAUUAGAGCUACUUUCGUUGGCAAACAGGUUUUGUUGUGAUGAGUUGAAAUCUGCUUGUGAUGUUUAUUUAUCGUCGUUGGUUGUUAAUAAAGAGAGAGCUUUGGUGCUGAUGGAUUAUGGGUUGGAGGAGGCAGCAUCUCUUUUAGUGGCUGCUUGUUUGCAGGUGUUCUUGAGAGACCUUCCUGGUUCGCUGCACGAUCAGAAUGUUAUGAAAUACUUCUGCAGCUCGGAUGCUAGUAAAAAGUUGGCAUUGACUGGGCAUUCUUCCUUCCAGUUGUACUAUUUUCUUAGUCAGACUGCUAUCGAAGAGGACAUGAAAUCUAAUACGACAGUAAUGUUGUUGGAGAGGCUGGUGGAUUCUGCAACGGAGUCAUGGCAGAAACAACUCGUAUUUCAUCAACUGGGGUGUGUAAUGUAUGAGAGGAAAGAAUAUAAAGAUGCCCAGAAUUGGUUUGAGGCAGCCGCUGAGGAAGGUCAUGUUUAUUCAUUAGUAGGUAUUGCUAGGACAAAGUACAAGCGCGGACACAAGUAUACAGCAUACAAGCUGAUGAACUCAUUAAUAUCUGAUUAUAAUCCCACUGGGUGGAUGUAUCAGGAACGGUCUCUAUACUGUGUAGGGAAGGAGAAAUUGGCAGAUCUCGAUAAGGCAAGUGAAUUGGAUCCAACUUUAUCAUUUCCUUACAAGUAUAGAGCCAUUGCACUUUUGGAGGAAACUAAAUUAGGAGAAGCCAUCUCUGAGAUAAACAAAAUAAUUGGUUUCAAGGUCUCUCCAGACUGCCUUGAGUUGCGUGCUUGGUUUUCUAUUGCUUCCGAAGAUUAUGAAGGGGCUCUUAAGGACAUCCGUGCACUUUUGACUUUGGACCCAGGUUACAUGAUGUUCUAUGGUAAAAUGCCCGGAGAGCAGUUGGUUGAGCUCCUUCGCCCUCAUGUCCAGCAAUGGGGUCAGGCUGAUUGCUGGAUGCAAUUGUAUGAUCGAUGGUCAUCCGUUGAUGAUAUUGGGUCUUUGGCUGUUGUGCACCAUAUGUUAGCAAUUGACCCAGGGAAGAGUCUCCUUCGAUUUCGGCAAUCUCUCCUUCUCCUGCGGUUGAACUGCCAGAAGGCUGCAAUGCGUAGUCUACGGUUGGCUCGAAACUGCUCCACAUCUGACCACGAAAGGCUUGUUUAUGAAGGGUGGAUCUUAUAUGAUACAGGCCAUCGUGAAGAAGCUUUAGCAAAGGCUGAAGAUUCGAUAUCUAUCCAGAGAUCAUUUGAAGCAUUUUUCCUGAAAGCAUAUGCUUUGGCAGAUUCAAAUCUUGAUGAGGAUUCUUCAUCUUAUGUAAUCCAUCUUCUGGAGGAAGCUCUUAGAUGUCCUUCAGAUGGUUUACGUAAAGGACAAGCAUUAAAUAAUCUAGGUAGUGUCUACGUAGACUGUGAAAAGCUGGAUCUUGCUGCUGAUUGCUACAUGAAUGCUCUCAACAUUAAGCACACCAGAGCGCAUCAAGGUCUAGCACGGGUAUAUCAUCUCAAAAAUCAGCGAAAAGCUGCAUAUGACGAGAUGACAAAGUUGAUAGAAAAAGCUAGGAACAAUGCAUCAGCAUAUGAAAAACGUUCAGAAUAUUGUGACCGUGAAAUGGCAAAAAGAGAUCUUACCAUGGCAACGCAACUUGACCCCCUGAGGACAUACCCAUAUAGAUAUCGAGCAGCUGUACUAAUGGAUGACCACAAAGAAGACGAGGCAAUAGCAGAACUCUCAAGAGCGAUCUUCUUCAAACCAGACUUGCAGCUUCUCCAUCUCCGAGCUGCAUUUCAUGAUUCCAUGGGCAACUAUGCUGCCACACUUCGAGAUUGUGAAGCAGCUCUUUCUCUUGAUCCUACCCAUUUGGAUACGCUUAAGCUUUAUAGUGAGGCUCAAGAACGAGUUGAUGAUCAACAACUCAGCAGGCAAGACAGCAUGAGCAGAAAAGAUUUCCCUGAUUUUCAAGGCAAUCUUAACUAUGCUGCAAGAGCUUCUGAGUAAAAAACAAGAAAAAAGAAAACGAAAAUUGGCCAUUACCAGUCGGCAUUUGCAAAUAUGUUUGCAGAUUGGUUGCUGGCUUCAUGUAUAAGAUGUUCAGGAGAGAGAACAUCUGAUUUCGUGAAAACAGGAUGAUAUAGGGAAGUCGAGAUGUAAAUAUCCUAUCGACUUGGUCACAGCGAGACUAGCAGUGACAUUACCGCUGCUGCAGCUGUGUUUUGUGCUGCAGCGGAGGAGUUUGGUUUUUGUGUAGAUGGCAGUUGUACACAGGGUUCCUGUCUUGUUGUAACAUUAUGAAUGUCCUCUUUGUAUUGUUUUGCAUCGGCGGAUUGGCGAUUUUCCCCUCUUGAAUGACACAAGGUUUGUCCUUCAUACCAACUGUGUUACACGAACAUUCUUCUUGUAAUUGAACUCAGCUCUGUUCGAAUUCAGUCAAUCGAUAAUGAAAGCUUCAAUACUAUUUCUAUUUAUCGUA